AUGCCCUCCGAAGCCAACAAAAGUCUUGGUAUAAUCAAUGAAUUCAUGAGGGAAUAUGAGAAAGAGCAGGAAAUCUACGCCUCUGCAGCGAAGCAGGCCGAGAUGCUAUGCGAAGAUGUCCUCAAACGUGAAUCAGUGGAGUGUAUCGUUACUUCCAGAGCAAAAGACCCAGAAAGCCUCGAGAAAAAGCUUCAUGAACGACUGAAAAGGCGCCAAGAAACUGCAGCCAGUACCCGUGAAGGAAAGAAAGGCUACGGCUGCAUCGACGACAUCAGAAGCGACAUUGCAGACUUAGCUGGAGUUCGUAUCUCGCUCUAUAUACCGCGGAAGAAGUCCCAUGUUGAGAAAAUCCUGCGGAGGGAAUUUGACGUGGCAUGGAACCUUUCUCUGGGAGAAAAGGGGGAUAUCCAAGCAACCGAACCUCGCUUGUUCCCGGGGUACUGUGCCGAUCACUACCGCGUCUUCUUUAAGCAGGGCUCGAGUCAAGAUGAUCGGGUCGGUAAAAGGAUGAUUGAGAUACAAGUGGUUUCUGUUUUACGGCAUGUCUGGGCUCAAAUUCAGCACGACAGGGUGUACAAACAACUGAUCCCAACUGCUGGAGAAGAUAUUCGUAUUUUGGACGCCUUGAGCAGCCUGCUAUACGCCGGGGACUUUGUUCUAGACCAGCUAUUUGACAGCCAGGCUUCACGAAGUAAGUCUGAUAGUACAUCUUUCAAAACGGUGUAUCAACUAGGUUCUGCAUUAGGACAGUGGAUUGAAGGCUUUCCGGAGCGCCGAGAUGAUAACCUUGGGAAUGUUCAGUCACUUUUUACAUUACUGAAGGCCGUUCAUAUGGAUACACCAGAGCAGCUAUGGGGCGCGUUGAAGAACAUGGAUAUCUCGCUCUCACAGACGAGCGACUAUGUGGUUCUGGCCCGCACUUAUGAGCCGCUUCACCUCAGUAUCAGCAACUACAUCAUGCACCGCAUCAUUCGGCCCCGAAAUGAUCGCGGUGUAGUGCAGAGCAUCAGACAGCUUGAGCUGAAUACAGCCAACGACCACUGCUCAAAGGUCAACGUGAUUGCAAAUGCAUUUAUCUUGUUGGAUCAACUGUUCUCGCCCCCAUCCCAGUGGUGGCAUCUUCUUUAUACCGGGCAGAAUCCAAAGAGACUGGGGGAGGGAAUCAAGUGGAUGUCCACGAGCAAGCCUUGGACGGAUUAUCAUAGCAUGACAACAGUCCACAAAGCCGACCAGAAAAACAUCGAUAUAUUAUGGCAUUGCCUUUAUGAGCAUGACAAGGAACCCAUCAGAUUUGUCUUGACCUUCUCCGAGAUCUUGGUUUCGGAAGGGUUCUCGACAGAUUGGGGCCUGUUGACUAGAUCUUUGUCCCUUCUCAUACGCGCCAUGGAACUCUCAAGAAUAUUUGCUAAAAGGUCAUGA